AUGUUCAGUGUCAGGGUCUUCCUACAAAAAAUCCUGAUUCUUCUGCACAUUACUACAUGUGUUGUCAUUGGCAAAACGCUGAUGAUACUGUUCCCCAAUGCCAUGAAAAGGUACAUCCUAAAACAGGGUGAAAAGAGCAGAAUGAAUGAGAAUCCAAAGUUCAGCUAUGAAAACUGGGGUCCGACGUUUUUCAGCUUCAAGUAUUUGCUCUUCGUGCUGAAGGUGAAGUGGAAGAGGCUGGAGGAUGAAGCUUACGAGGGACAUCCCGCUCCCAACACACCGGUGGUGACUUUCAGCGGGGAAGUUCAUCACCUCUUGGAUUUCAUGCAAGGUAGCCGACCUUUAGUCCUGAAUUUUGGAAGCUGCACCUGACCUUCGUUUAUGAUAAAAUUUGAUGAGUUCAACAAGCUCAUCAAAGAUUUCAGCUCUAUAGCAGAUUUUCUUAUCAUCUACAUCGAAGAAGCUCAUGCAGUAGAUGGAUGGGCUUUUAAAAACAAUAUUGUUAUUAAAAAUCACAGAAGCCUUGAAGAUCGAAAAAUUGCAGCACAAUUUCUUCAGAAAAAUAAUCCUUUAUGUCCAGUGGUUUUAGACACUAUGGAAAACCUGAGCAGUUCAAAAUACGCUGCAUUGCCAGAACGACUGUAUCUACUUCAAGAAGGGAAGGUCAUCUACAAGGGAGGAGUGGGGCCUUGGAAUUACCACCCCCAGGAAAUACGCGCCAUCCUAGAAAAAUUGAAAUAG